AUGCUUCAAGAUGAUGAGGCUCGACAUCUCGAUGACUCCUUUUUCUUCUACUCGAUCGAUCAACUACAACCACCACUUCCCUCGCCGCCCAUUCGUUCGCAAAAGCAAGAAGAAGAGGCUUUGGAGCCAUUCGGCGACUCUUUCGAGCAUCCACCAUAUCUAGAGCCAGAGAUUCCUUUCGUGCUUCCGGGCUACAACUUUCCGCCAACUCAGCCACUCUUCUUUCAUGGCGAGGCUUUUCACGACAGCUCAAUUGAGAUACCGGCUUUGUCAUGGUUGUCCGAUCAGAGCGAUGAGCCCCGACGAAAAAGAAUAAAGUCUGAUGUCCUGGAAGAACCAAGAAACAAUCUGCAAAUUCUUCAAGCCUCUCAUUUGAUUAAUCUAAGUGGAUCAAUUCAAUGCCCAACUGCGACUAGUCGAGACUCAAUUGAGCAUAUUAUCAACGUGCUUAUGAUGUACACAAAUACUUCCGAGGAAAUUAUCUUUAUCAGAAAGUUUCUCAAAGCCGUUAUCAAAAAACUAAAGGUAGAAAAUGAAGCUCAAAUCGAUAAUCUGUUGCAAGCGAUAUUAUCAAAUGGAUGCAUGGAGGCUGGAUGUGUUAACAUUUCAACUGCUCUUGAUGGCCGAAUGCAAGUCCUCAGUAAAAAGGUUUAUCCGGAAGUCUUCAGUGUUCGGAUUUGGCGUUGGCCAUCGUUGAAGACACGAAGACAUAUCGAAGUUUUACGGUGCUGCGCAAAAUCGGAAAAGAUAUGCAUCAACCCGUUUCAUUACGAAGUAUCGAAAUUUGCCGCUUACAAGGCUGGGCUUCUAGUAAGAAAUAGUUUGGAGGCUCAAUCAUCUUUCAUUUGGGAAGAUCCGCAGUGGAACAUCGAUACGCUGCAUUAUGUAUCACCGCCGGAGCCAGAGCCGAAUAUCCAGUGCACGAGGACUAUUGAAAAAGCUUUGACAUUGACGCCUCGAAUUAGUACAAUCGAUCGACUUGCUUCUCAACCUACAAGUUGUUUUGAUCAUUAUAUGAGGGCCAUUAAUCCUUUGACCCGUAUACCUGGUAAAAUCGAUCACACGCCACGUCUUGUUAACGCGCCUUAUCAACCACUGAGUCGUUCAGAGUUUUGGCAAAAAAGUAGAAAAGGAGAUGUGACCAAUGGUGUUUCGAAUGUUCGAUCCAAUGAGAUUUCCAAUGAGGACCGUGGACUCAUCGAGAAAACCCUACAGGAGAUAAUUUGUCUCGAGAGUGGAAAGGAUUCAAUUUCCGAUGAUGAGGGAAUCCAUCGUUUCUUUGCUGGUUACUGUUUUUUGUGCUUUCUCUUGCUCGCACUCAUUGGAAAUGUCCUCAAUUUGAUGAUUUCCAACUCGGAACUCAUACGCUCAUAUUUUGCCAUUCGAAUGCUCAGCGCUAAAUUGUGUCUCAACUCUUUCUGUAUGCUUACCCUUGUCCCCUCGUCGCUUCGACUUCUCAAAUUUUGGGAUUACGGCACUGAUAAUGAUUUACUCUAUUGGAAAUUUUGGCCAUACGAGCAAUUUUUUGUGGCCUUUCUAAGUUUGUGUUGUGUGUGGACUACGGUAUUGAUGACAUUUGUGUGCUAUAAGCAGAUUUUUCAUCCAAAUGAUGAUUUGGGUGUCGAGUCGAGUCGAAAUGUUUUUCUCUCAUUCUUCUCGAUGUUCAUCCUAUCGAUUCUUCUCUCAAUUCACAAAUUAUUCGUCAAAGUCGAUAUUUCAAUAGAUUCGUGUAAAAAGGCGAUUGUUUUACUCGCGAAGAAACCGGAAGUUCUGGCUGAUUUCUGUGUAUUCUUGUCGAUGAUCGCGAAUUUCUUGCUAGGCGCAGCAGUACCACUACUUCUUUUGGUUUACAUGACGACGUCGAUUGCAUCAAAAUUGUUGAGACACGAUCCCCUUUCCGGGCAUUUUAGUGCUGAGAAAUUGUGUGUCACGCGGAUCACGAUGCUCACAACGGGCCUCCAAUUUUUCUCUACAAUCUCGCAAAUGAUUGAAACGAUAUCAUUGAGGAAUAGCGAGGAGAAGAUCAAUUCUUUUCCCCAAUUUUGUCUUUUUCAUUCAAUUACUCAUUUCCUUUUUCUUUCCAAUCUUUCACUACCAUUUUACGUCUUUUUUGGCAUCUCUCCGAGAUUUCGAAGUAUCGUUAUGGCAAAACUUCGAUCCUACUGCCCUGCCAAUCCCCCACAACAAUCAAAUGCGCAUUCAGAGUUGACAAGAAUGAUCUCUCCAGUUACGAGUAUGGAUGACUUCACCCGGCCUUCAUCGUCAAGUUUUCCCCGUGGUACCCCACUGUAUCAACUC